AUGAAAACCCCCCCAUUAGUUGUGCUGAUUAUUGCUGCGAUUGCUCCCGUGGAGGCAAGCCAGCCUGGAACUGUUGAGGAUGGUCAUACACAUUCCGACAAGGGCUACAAGGACUGGGUACUCGAAAAGGCAAAAGAUGGCGCCAAUUGGGCUGCUGCGAACCCGGGAUCUGCGGCUUGCCUUGCUGGAGGCUUGACGGCUUUGGCUGCCCCAGGUGUAGUGGCCAUUCCCCUUCUUCACCAUGCGGGUUUUACUGCUGUUGGAGUGCAGGCUGGGUCAGUUGCAGCUGGGAGCUGGUUUACCAUCGGACAGAGUGCUGGGGCCGGGGGUUAUGGAUUCCCAAUUGUUCAGGGAAUGGUUCAGGGAGUUGGGGUUGGUGUCGGCGCCGUCGGCGCAGGAUGGAAACAUCUCAAACGUUGGACGAGUGGUGAUGAUGGUGAGGAGGGAACUCUAUGA